UCUCACAUAAAGCACACACUUUCUCUCUCCUCUCUCUCUCUCUUACUCUGCUCUGUGUUUGUUGUCAACGAAAAAUCCCAAAAUUUAUCAGCGAUUUCGCUGUCUCUUGCCGCUGAAAUUCCCGGAAACAUGCUACAAACUGCAUGAUCUUUCUGUUUCGUGCAAUUUCGGAGCUCUUUAACCCUCUAAUUUUGCGGUAUUCGCUCGCAAUUGAUCGCUGGCGAACUCGGGAAUGCUUGAAGCAGUAGAGAGCUCCGUCAAUGGCGGCUUCUCGCAGCUGCAGAGCAGUGGCGAUAGUAGUGAGGAGGAGCUCUCCGUUCUACCUCGCCAUACCAAAGUGGUCGUCACCGGAAACAACCGCACCAAAUCGGUGCUCGUUGGACUCCAAGGCGUCGUUAAGAAGGCCGUUGGUUUGGGCGGGUGGCAUUGGCUGGUUCUCACAAACGGCAUAGAAGUUAAGUUACAGCGAAAUGCCCUCAGCGUUAUCGAAGCCCCAACUGGUCACGAGGAUGAUGAUGAUCUCGAAUUCGAAAACUUGCAAUGGAAUGGAUCAGAUAUGGCAUCUGAUGACACUCUAAAGUCCCAUAGACCAAGACAUAGGACACACAAAUCGUCGGGAUCGUCGCACAAAACUAUCAGUCGAUCCUUCUCUUAUGAAUCGCAGUCCAAGGGAUCUAUUUCCACCCCCCGUGGGUCCAUGAAGGUUGACCUCGGUAAACUGGAGAUGUCUGCUUUAUGGAGAUAUUGGCGACACUUCAAUCUCGUGGAUGCUUUUCCUAACCCAUCAAAAGAGCAGUUGGUGGAUCUUGUUCAGAGGCAUUUUAUGUCACAGCAACUCGAUGAGUUGCAGGUGAUUGUUGGGUUCGUCCAUGCUGCAAAGAGACUCAAAACUGUGUGCAAAUGACGAUGAGCAAGGGCUGUAACACCAAGCUCAUUCAUCCAUUUCUAACCCUGAAAAACACCGGUACCCGAAAUUCCCAUUUCCCCGCAACAUUGACGAUCUCUGUAAUAUAAGUAUCCUGGCUUGUUGUUGAGGUAUCCAUUACCCUUUUGUUAGUGUAAUUAUGGUAGAUAAACAUAGUAUAUAAUAUAUAUAUAUAUAUAUAUAAUGUACGUAUGACUGGUUAAUAGACCUAAGAAACAACCGAGAAGUCCUUUGUGACUUUGUUUUUUCGAAACCUCGAAUGAAUGCUGACUUGGGAGAAGA